GCGCCGUUUUCGAGGCGGAAGAAGUCUGAUGCGGUUCCAAACCUCAGUUUCGUGUUUUCGGUUUAUCAGGGCAGAUUUGGACGCAGAUACAGCUCGCCGCGCGUCGUCCGGCCGCGACAUGGUUGCCAGACUCUUUUACUUGGCUCAGCUCACACAUUUUCAAGUAUUUACUGCCGCGAACCUGGACGGACUGACUGGUUGGUUUUAAUUUUCGGGGAAAAGAGGGCAAAUUGCGGACGAACUUCAACAGACUUUAGGAGUGUCGUGCGUAAAAAGGGCGGUUGGUAGUCCCCCCGAAAGCGGCGAAGGAUGUGAGAUUUCUUGAUUGUUUCUUGAUUAAACAUCUGUAACCGAGUCGUUUCGACGACGUGAAAACGCUUCACCCUGCUCUUGAAAUGGAGAAAUUUGUGUUUUAAGUGCCUUUGAGUUGAAACGCGUUGAACUACGCAACCGGAGGAUACUUAAAGCCAACUUUGAUAUGGGAGACGUGCGGCGUCUGCAUCUGUCAACUUGAAGAGGCGAGUGGAAAACAGAGAUGGGAGACUCUGCUCUGCUUAGGGUGUUGCUAGGUGGGGUAUUCCUGUGGAUCUCUACUGUCCAUGCAGACUGCCUCUCCCUCCCGUCAUCUCCAGAUGACGGGAAGCUGCUGUGUGUGUGCGAGAAUGAGAAAGGCACAUGUGUGAACGGCACUUGCAGAGGAGAUAUCUGCUUCUUCGUCAAUGUGCAAGGACGUGAAGAGAGGGGCUGCUUCUCCAACAAGAACCGCAUGGAGAACUGCCACACCUCCUUUGACGGCGUUUUUGUCCAAUGCUGCCUGGAAAACUGGUGCAAUGCCUUCACCACAGCGCCUCCGCCAACAGGGGAUCCUGAAAAAACAAAUAACAGCAUGUUACUCUGGAUAGCGGUACCUUUGGUGCUGCUUCUGAUCGUGGCUACUGGGGGGUGUGGUGUGCUGCUGUGGCUGCGCUCCCGACGGACACACUGCAGACUGGGCAAUGCUGAGGACCCUGAUGUGACCAUGCCCAAGGUGCCCAGUGGAGAUGACCCCACAUACGGCGACAUCUUUGAUGAGUUUUGCACAUCAGGGAGUGGGACAGGGCUGCCCUAUCUGGUCCAAAGGACUAUGGCCAGACAGAUCUCAUUGGUCGAGUGUGUCGGUAAGGGCAGAUAUGGGGAGGUGUGGAGGGGAACAUGGAUGGGUGAAAGUGUAGCAGUGAAGAUCUUCUCCUCCAGGGACGAGCAGUCCUGGUUCAGAGAGACAGAGAUCUACAACACUGUCCAGCUCCGACACGACAACAUACUGGGUUUCAUAGCCUCUGACAUGACGUCGAAGAACUCCAGCACCCAGCUAUGGCUCAUCACCCACUUUCACGAGCUGGGCUCCCUCUACGACUUCCUGCAGUACAGCAGCCUGGAUCCUGAGAGCUGCCUGAAGAUGUGCCUUUCUGUGGCCUGCGGCCUGGUCCACCUUCACACUGAGAUCCUCAGCUCCCAGGGCAAGCCAGCUAUAGCCCACCGAGACCUGAAAAGUCGAAACAUCCUGGUUAAACGAAAUGGACAGUGCUGCAUCGCUGACCUCGGUUUGGCAGUGAUACACUCUCAGUCCAGUGAUUACCUGGAUGUAGGCAACAACCCUCGUGUGGGCACCAAGCGUUACAUGGCCCCUGAGGUGCUGGAUGAGAGCAUUCGCAUGGACAUCUUCGAGUCCUACAAGCAAACUGACAUCUGGGCUCUGGGCCUGGUCUUCUGGGAAAUCACCCGCAGAACCAUCAUCAAUGGGAUUGUGGAAGAGUACCGUCCUCCCUUCUAUGACCUGGUGCCCUCAGAUCCCAGCUUUGAGGAGAUGAAGAAGGUGGUUUGUGUGGACCAGCAGAGGCCCAGUCUGCAUAACAGGCUGCAUUCCCACCCGAUCCUGUCAACCAUUGUGAAAAUCAUGAAGGAGUGUUGGUUCCAGAGCCCCUCCGCCCGCCUCACAGCCCUGCGGGUAAGGAAGACCCUCUCCAAACUGGACCAUGACAGUGACUACAGCAUCGAGAAACUCAAACGGGACUUCUAGACCUGAGCAUCAGACUCAAACGGGGACGCAACACUGAAAAAAAAAAAAAAACUGAAAAAUGAUUUUCUACCAUAUUGCUACAGCACGAGGUGCAUAUCAUUAGCAUAUUUUUGAGCUUGUGACUCAGACAGCCACUGCAUUCUAUUAAAACCAUAUGACUUUCAGCAGUACUGUCUAGACUGUCUAGCACCCACAGCUAUUCUUUUUGCCUAGCCCACUUUCCAUUUGCUGUAUUUGCAAUGCCUUAACCCAAAAGAAAACUGUAAUCACUUGGAUUCUGAUGACGGUUUUCUCUUUUCUGUUUUGUUCAGCCGCUAAAAUUUUGGAUUAGGCAUUUCUGAACUAGAGCGGAUGUCACCGCUCAAUUAAUGGGCUGCUUUUCUACCUACGCCAUCAUUUAUCUGCAGUUUUGUAAAUCAAAUGGUUAGCUGAAAGGAGAAUUUCACAUAGCACAAUUACUCAUCCUCUCAUUGAAGGAGAGGAAGAGUGUGUCAUAUUGGACUUGCUUUGAUAUUAAAAUGCUGUAAUGGACUCCCAUAUUGAUUGAUGCCCCUGAAAAUGACAGAGAGCAGGAGAAAAGAUUGAAGGCUGCUUUUUACUAUGCAUAAGGGAAAUAUUUAACAAAUAACAUGCACAUGCCAGUGCACAUUAUGUGUCCUCCAAGCCAUUUUCACAAGAUAAGCACCUAUGUAAAUGUAUACUUAGACACAAUUGGGUUUUAUGUCAGUAUUAGAUUUAUUGUAAAUAUAGAACCUAUUUCAACAGGCGUAUUAUUUUCUAUUAUACAGCAAUGACAGAUGUUUUCUAUUCUAUUUUUUGUAUCAAAAUUUUUAUAUCAAAUUCAUUUUUACAUGUCUAUAUGCCACGGAAUUAUUAUCACCAUUGCUAUGGAAAAUCACAGCCAAAGUGAAUAACAGACACAUUAUAUUGUAUAUAUUGAAUAAAGGAUUGUAUUUGUCAUGACUGCAAAUCUGUUGAAAAUACAGUAGUUUUUUUCCCCCCA